GAGGAAUCGAAAGUGAAAGUGAUGUGUGGUUAACACCCACAGGACGAGCCUUGGCAGGGCCCAAGCCGUCAGUUUGGUGUAGAGGAUUAACUAGGACACAGUGUGCAAAGCAGCUCAAAUAUGCCGUCGCCGUCUCCGUCUCCGAAUGAGGAUUGGUCAACGUCCAGCACAAUGAGCAAGAGGUUUUUUUCACCCUAUGUAAAUGAGUUCUGUCACAGCUCUCCAGCUCCAAUGUUGGCUUUAGGUCCCACAUCUGACCAGUUGGAUGAAGGCAGUUCAUUUAUAAGCAGGAUGAAUCUGGAGCCAGGCCCCUCCCCCUGUCUGUCUUACAGAAGUGGCCGGUCUAUGGGUGAACCCCCGAAAUUCAGCAAUGAAAACAACUUACACAUCAGGAUGAAACUGGAGCCAGGCCCCUCCCCCUGUCUGUCUUAUAGUAGUGGCCGGUCUAUGGGUGAACCCCCGAAAUUCAGCAAUGAAAACAACUUACACAUCAGGAUGAAACUGGAGCCAGGCCCCUCCCCCUGUCUGUCUUACAGUAGUGACCGGUCUAUGGGUGAACCCCCGAGAUUCAGCAAUGAAAGCAUCUAUCCAUUCAUUAGAACCUGGGAGAAACAAUUCUCUGGGCCUCAGUUUAGUAAGAGGUUUAAAACUCGUCCUACACUAAAGAAAAAUAUGUCACUUCAUAACACGCUGAAGCAGGCUGGGUUCGGACAUGAACUUGCUCAGAGCUACGCUGUACCUGGAGACAUGGCCUGUGAUAUCUGCACUGGGAAGAGGAUGAGGGCGGUAAAGUGGUGCCUGACCUGCAGCGUAGCAUACUGUGAGACCCACGUGAGGCAACACUACACUGUUGUAGCACUGCAGAGACACCAGCUCAGAGACGUGACGGAGGAUCCAGAGACAAGAAUCUGCCACCUGCACUACAGAGCUCUGGAGGUCUUCUGCAAAACGGAUCAGGUCUUCAUUUGUUUUGUCUGUGUGAUGGAGAAACAUAAAGACCACGACAUUGUCCUGGCCAAAGGUGGAAUUCAUGCAGCUGAGGAAAAAUUAUCAGCAAUUCCACACCAGUCAGCAAUCCACUUGGAGAGAAUGCAUAUCCUCAGCUACAUUGAAGAGCUGACAGCGAGAGUCAAGAGCCUAGAGCGAGCCGAGUCCGAGUUGUCUCACCUGUCAAAGCGUUUCUUCAGAGGACUUCAGGAGGCCCAGGAUGUUACCUCAGAGUUUGUUGAAGUUGCUGCGCUGGGUCGCCGGUUGGACCUUGGGAUGUUGUAUGACUGCCGCAGCGAGUCCUUCACCUCUGAUAUCUUUUUGUGGGAAAAGAACCUAUUAUCCUCCAUGAAACUGUCGAUCCCUCGACUGCAGAGUGAUGUGAGGAUUUUAGAUGGAGACUCUCUACAAGACAGACUUACAGCUUUAGACCUGAGUGUUUCUCUGAGGGCAAGUGUCGUAUCAGGGAUGGUUGAGAUCACUGGAGCUUCUGAAUUUAUUAAUCAUCCUGUUCAGUCCCAGCUGCAGGACCGAGUCACUCUGCAUUACAGAACCUCCACCAGACUGGACAUGCUCAGUCACGAACUGCUACACAAGAGAUUUCUGCUCUCGUUAACUGGCUCGACCACAGCGACGCACGUAGUUGUAGCAGUACUGUACGGAUCUCAGGCGUUUUUUGUCUUUGAUAGCAAGAAGAACAGAAGCACUGAAAACACAAACCUGAAAGACGUGUUCACGAAGAUGAUCGCUUCCUCAGAUCACACUGAGCUACUCUCCAGGCUCACUGAAAUAGAAAAAACAGCUUCCUUUAUCGAUGGAGUUGUUCUUCAAAGUUCUGUGGAUACCGUACUUCAGAAUGCAGGAGAAGUUCCUCUUAAAGUCUGGCUCUAUCCUCUGAAGAAUCUGUUCCAAACAUCAGCUUGUGUUGUAAAAGACAUCAGUCAAGAUCAAUUACAUAAAGCAGAGAACGUUCUGGAAAAACUAAAGAUGGACAUUAGCUUUUCUCAAACUCUGAUGUCUGUUGUUGUUGGUCAUGAUGUAUUUACACAGUUUCCAGGUGUAAAGGAUGCUCUGUUUGAGUUUUCUUCACUUCUGCAGCAGUACCAGUCCAUAUUUCAGAGAAAACUGGCCUCCUGUAUUAAGACCAUACGAGACACAACAGCAUUAGAGAAAGAGGAGAAAUUACAAGAUCUUCUAGAUGAAAGCAACCAAUCGCCAUUCGGUUCAGAGUGCAGGCGCCAGUGGCUCCAAAACAAAAACGCUCAAGUUACAGCUUUGAUCCAGUGUAAAUCUGCUAGCAUCAAAAUCCUGAACAAUCAAAAUGACGUACAGCGCUUUGUCCAGGACAGCCAAGCAGACAAAGUGUUGGGUUUCAUUUUUACCUCACUGGAGGGAGAAGAUCCAUUUCUUUCAGCUCUGAGGCAGAAUGAUAAAUCAGUAAACAUUAAGGAAUUGUCCAGAAUUUUGGAUACAAGUCUUGAAAUCCUCUCUGACCUUCGUUCAUUAAUUUUAAAGAAAACCACGAGUGAGAGCAUACAAGAAACCACGUUCAUUGCAGCAUCUGUAACUGAUUUCCGUUUUCCUGCCCCUGCGAUACAUCUUUACCAGUCUGGAGAGUUGGUCAGCCGGAAUGUAAAACUCCACAUAAAACCAAAUCCGUCAGAAAUAAUUACAGUGCAACAGACUCGAGUGACGAUGAAACUGCAAAGUUUAAAAACAAAUACUCAAUAUUGCAGAGUGGAGUACAGAGCAGUGAAGGAAGACAGAAGUCCUAUAGAUAUGAAAUGGAGAGUCAUCUCUUGCACUGGAGAGAACUGUGUGGUUUCGCAUCUUGCACCAGGAACUCAUUACCAACUCCGAUAUUCUCUAAUGGACAGUAAUGAAAUGACAGACUACAGCCAAGUUACAGAGUUCCAGACAGCCUACAGAGACAGACCUGGAGCACCGACAGUGCUGAAGCCGAAUAAAGACUCUCUGUACAUUGCCUGGCAGAGGGCCGAGAGUGAUGAAGACUCCCCUGUGCGCUACUACAUGGUGGAGUAUUUGGAGGCUGGGCUGGAGGGAUGGCAGUCCGUUCAAACCGAAGGGCCUGUGUGUGAGUGCAGAAUAAGUCUUCCAUACAGCACUUGUUACAGAGCCAGAGUCUCUGCUGUCUACAGUAAUGGAGACAUCAGCACUCCAAGCGAUGAAACAAAGGUUCCUGUUCGCGUAUGGUCCAUCGAUCUCUCUAAGAGAAAGGCCUCCAUCUUCCUGGAGGUUCUGCGACAAACAACAAAGAAAUGUGUAAAGCUUCGAGACUGCACAGAUGAAGAGAGCGAAGUGAAGAGUUUUCUUCAAUGUCUGUCCUACAUAUCCCAGCUGAGUGUUGAUCCACCUCAGACUCUGAAAGAAUCACUUAACGCAUGGAGAAAAAAUAUGACGGCGUUCCUUAUAAAUCUUUGUCUGCAAGCAGCGAUCCAUCAGAAAGACAGCAUUCUGGAAACUGUACAGAAAUUGCCUUUACUCUGUUUCAAGACUUAUCGAGAGCAGUCUGCUUUCCUACUGGACCUGUACUCAUGUGUAACAGACUACGAGGCUCGAACGGGCCAGAAGGUCCGAUCAGCCUUACAGGCUGUAUACCAGAAACUUCCAGAAAUCUGGUCUAUAAACCUGUCUGAGAAAAAAGCUUCAUUCUUCCUGGAAGUGCUGAAACUCCAGACGGUGAAGAAAGCAGUAGAGCUAAGAGGAUGGUCAGAGGAAGAGAAUGAAAUUAGGAGCCUACUUCAGUGUCUGCCCUACAUCUCUAAGCUCAGUUUUGUUCCACUCCAUCCUCAAAGAAAAUACCCUCAAGAAAGGAGGAAGAGAGUGAGAAGAUUUCUGCUGGAUUUGUGUUUGCAAGCAGCCCUCCACCAGAACGAGAAGAUUCAGACAAUCGUGGAGAAAUGUUUCAAGACAGACAAAGAAACUUCAGUUUUCCUGCUGCUUUUUUACAAUCAUAUUAGAAGCUAUGAGGCUCUAGAAGGCAGGAACGUCCUUCCAGCCUUACAGUCCGUUUAUAGUUCCCUUCCUAAAAUCUGGUCCAUAAACCUCUCAGAUAAAAAGGCUUCACUUUUCCUGGAAGUGCUGAAACUCCAGCCGGUGAAGAAAGCGGUGGAGCUGACAGGAUGGUCAGAGGAUGAGAGUGAACUGAAGAUCCUGCUUCAGUGUCUGCCCUACAUCUCCCAGCUCAGAUUUGGUUUUGGUCUGCAUGGAAAAAGAAGGCAGAAGACCACCUUGCAGUUUCUGGUGAAGCUGAUCGCUGGAGCCACAGAGCGCAGUGUAGAAACUGGAGAGAACUUCACUGAACUGUUGGUGUCUCUGUGCAGCUUCAGAAACUUCUCAUUUUCUGGAGAAGAUGAGGAAUUUGACAGCGUUGCCCACUGUAACUUACUGCUUGACCUGUACUUGCAUGCGAAGGACUAUGAGUCUGAAACCGGCAGGAGCGUCCUUUCAGCAUUACGCUCAGUUUACGAGUCACUUCCUGAAGUCUGGACCAUUAGCCUGAUGGACAAAAAAGCUUUACUUUUCCUGGAAGUGCUGAAACUCCAGACAGUGAAGAAAGUGGUAGAGCUGACAGGCUGGUCGAACGAGAAGAGGAAAGUGAGAAGCUUUAUUCAGUGUCUUCCUCGCAUUUCCCAGCUCAGGCUGUGCAGUGACAUACUGGUAAAGAUGCCACAAAGAAUGUUAUUGAGGUCUCACACACUUGUGGCCUUUGAGGAGCUUUUGCUCACUGAGAGCAGCACUAAGAAACCAGAGAGAAUGACUGGUAAGAUCCUGACAAGACUGCAGUUCCUUCUGAGACACUGGAAAAUACAGUGUUUGAACCUGACAGAGUACAAGAUGGCAGACGAGUCACUGCUAGACUUACUCAAUCCUCAAGGACCUCUAACAGUCAGAUUCUCUGAAGAGACUCUCCAGAAGCUUGCUACAGUUGUUUAUGAGCUUCAGGAUGAAGACCUUACUCGCCGCUUCCUGCAAAACGUAAGCGGAGACCUGAGUUCCUGCUCUCUGGGCUGGGAUGUGAUUCACUGGUUCUUGCAGCAUCACACCAUCACUGUAGACAUUAGAAAAAGCACCAUUUAUCAGGAAAACCUCCAAGACCUGCUGAUGGUGCUGGACAAAGCUCAACUCAAAGGGUUGAAGUCCAGCUUUGUGCUGUCCGUCAUGAGAAAGCUUUAUGAAACUGGUUCUGCGCACAUCGUCUCCAGCCUGUUGAAUUCAACAGAGAAGUGCAUUAACUUGGAGAACAGACAGCUGAACUCUGUCGACUGUGCUGCACUGCGCUUCACCCUGCAGCACUGCACAGGCGUCUCUCUCAACCUGCUGUGGGCCUCCGUACCAGAAGGGGAGCUACAGAGCAUCGUGCCACUACUCAGCCAUGUCUCCCAUCUCAGGGUUGACCGGCUGCUAUUGCUGAGACUGCUUCACUGCUGCAAUAUUCCUGAGCUCCAGAAGGAGGCAGCAGUUCUUCUCUCUGCUCUACACCACAAGCUGGACUUCUCCUGCCAGGACGCUCUGGACCUCACAGCAGACACGACCACAUUCAGUCUGGUUCUGAGCAGUGAUGACUGCAGGAUCAUUUCCAUGGCUAUCCAGAGAGCUCACAUACACAUUCAGCUCGUUAUUCAGGACUGUGAGAUGGAGGAGGCGGCAGUAGAAGAGCUGUUUCCUGUUCUACACACAGUCACGCUGCACUGCAGUAAAGCUCUGCUGCUCCUAUUCUUGUCCCAUGUGGACCUGGGUUCUGAGAAGGAGCGCGUGAGGCGAGCAAUGGCUCUCUCCCAGGCUUUGAGAGAUAAAGUGGACCUGAGUGAGACCCAGCUGAAUAUGCAGGCCUGCAAAUCACUGGCGCUGGUUCUGGAAUAUUCUGAGGAACUGUCGCAACUGGACCUAAGCCACUGUCAGAUCAGUGACGACCAGCUGGAGCUGCUAAUGCCACAACUACACAAAACGUCCAUUCUCGACCUCAGCAACAAUCACAUUACUGACAUCGCAGCAAGAAACAUCUACAACGUCCUCUCAAUAAAUAGCAAUGUUCAGACUGUGUGUCUCUUUAACAACAGAAUCUCGGACCCCUCACUGUUUCUCCAGGACAAGCGCUUUGAGAUUUGGUGAUCAACUCUAAGCGAGUAGCAAAUAAUUGUCUGUCAUUUUCAAUUUUCUGUAAGACAAUUAAAUGAUAACAAUUUGUAUGUUAUAUUUAUCUAUUCAGAAAAUAAAUUCAGAAUACAUAAACAUUAGUGUUUAAUGUAUAUUUUAAUAUCUGAAAACAAUAAAAACAAAUAAAUAAAAAAGUAAUUUGU